CAUUCGUGACCACCCAGCUUAGAAGAGAAGUCCUCAUUACAUAUUCGAGCAACGCCUUCGAGCAAGGGUAGUCCUUCGGUCUCUGAACUUGAAUGCAAGAGACUGUUUGCAAGUCAAUCUGUUAUUUGUGAUCUGCAAGCCCUCCCGUUCGUUGCUGUUACCAAUUGUCUACCUUGUUCUCCCGUGUAUCUUUUGUGAAAGUGGCAUUCUCCUUUUGAUCUAAUUACAUUGACAACGCAAUCAUUGGACUUCCAAUUGAAUAAAAUGUCAUCAUCUGUUCAUUUCAAGUUCAAGUCCCAAAAAGAACCCUCCCGGGUAACUUUCGAUGGCACCGGUAUAUCCGUCUUCGAGCUGAAACGAGAGAUUAUCAAUCAAAGUAGGUUGGGGGAUGGAACCGAUUUUGAGCUCUCUGUCUACAAUGAGGAUACUGGAGAAGAAUACGAUGACGACACCAACAUCAUACCGCGAUCGACUUCAGUCAUAGCUCGGAGGUUGCCAGCAUCAAGGCCAGGGAAAGGCGGCGCCGCCCGGUAUGUGUCCGGGAAAAUGCCAGUCAAUGCGCGCAGCACUCCUCGUAAUGACCAAUUUUCAUCAAUUCGAACUUCUCUCAAUAGUCAACCCGUCAGCAACGGCGUUCUCGAACUCAAUAAUGCCCAGACUGAAGAGGAAAAGAUUAAUGCCCUUUUCAAUCUGCAGGCGCAUCAAUGGAAAGAGCAACAGCAAGAAAUGGCGAACGCCACACCCGUCCCUUUCGGUCGUGGGAGGGGUAAGAUCGUGCCUGGGAAUUCCCAAGAGCGUCCUAUGCCCCCGGGGUAUAUCUGUUACCGCUGUCGCGAGAAGGGACAUUUCAUACAUGAGUGCCCUACGAAUAACGACCCCAAAUUUGACGGUAAAUACAGAGUGAAACGCUCCACCGGAAUACCGCGGUCACUUCAAACCAAAGUAGACAAGCCCGAGAACCUCACUAUGGAUGGCUCGAAUGAAGAUUCAAGAAAUACCGGCGUUAUGGUCAACGCUGAUGGCGAUUUUGUCAUUGCGAAACCAGAUAAGGCCGCCUGGGAGCUUUAUCAAGAAAAAGCCAAAGCUUCUGCUGCCGCCGCCGCCGAAGCUGCUGCGGCAGAACACAGCAAAGAACUUCAAGCACGUGGCCUAGAAUGUCCAAUAGACAGAAGAAUGUUUCUGGAGCCCACCAAAACCCCAUGCUGCCAGAAAACAUAUUGCAACGACUGCAUCGCGAACGCAUUGAUUGAGAGUGACUUCGUUUGUCCUGGAUGUGGAACAGAGGGCGUUCUUCUUGAUAAUCUGUCAGUCGACGAUGACGCCAUUGCCAGAAUUAAAGAAUACGAAACCGAGAAGACAGAUCAGAAGAAAGAAAAAGAAAAGCAGCCAGUGGAGCAAGAGGCUCAAGCAAUCAGUAAAGCAUCUGGUUCAGGCCAAAUCUCCGUGGCAGCGAAAGAGGUCUCACCUGCCCUAGCCCCGUCAACUGCGCCAACGGCCUCGAAAAAGAGGCCUGCGGAUGGUGAGCCUAUCAGCACUGCCUCCGAAGGUCUUAGCCCAAGCUCUCUUUCGAAGAAACAGAAAAAGAGUGACUCUCACGGCAAAUCUUCUGUCGAGGUGCAGGCCUCGCAGGCUAAAGAUUCACCCAAUGGCUUCCAGCAGCCACCUUUUGCUCAGCAAAUGAAUUUUGGAGGAAUUGGAUUCGCGCAAACCCAAGGAAUGCCUGCGAUACCAUUUCCUGCUCCUGGGUUUGCUUCUGAAGGGGCCGGUUUCUUGAAUUAUAUGGGCAUUCCUGCGGCCAAUGGGUUUCCACCGAACAUCAACCAGCCUUGGAACCCGAUGAAUGGUGCGAGUUUCAACCAACUCCCUGGUGUAAUGUAUGGUGAUCAAAUGGGUGGCUAUAGCGCAAGUAUGUUUGGCAAUGCGGCCGACUCGAGUUUUAGCAUGUUUCCUAUGUCACAGAUGAAUGGGCCAGUCCAGCCAAGUACCGACUUCUCGCAGGGCCUAGAAAUUGGCCAAUUCUCAAACCAGCAGCGAACCGCUUUUAGUACUCCUUUUGCCAGAGAAGAAGACACUGCAUAUUUUCGUCAGCCUGUUAACCCGCAACGACACCAGGCAAGACAUCGAAGGACGAGACCGAGCGAUUACCGGGAACUCUGAGAAUAUUUCCUGGUGUUGGCCAUAGCUCUGUGAAAACCCUGCCUUCAGCGCUGGCAUCCUCGUAUCUCUUUCAGACUCCGAUCCCUUGCUUAGAUCACAACUUCACGGGAGUUUUUGUUCU